GCCUCCUCCUUUCCCCGCUGCGCUUUAAAUAUUUGUUUAUCCCGGCGAGGUGUGCGAUAGAGCUGUUUGCGUUGAUUAUCAGCACUGUUUCUGUCGUCGGAGAAUCGUAAGCACACGGCGGUUCAUAGCGGCAGAGCGAAGAAGCGAGGAGAAAGCAGCAAUGUCGGGAGUCACCAAUCAGGAGGAAGACAAGAAGCCAGCAGACGGGGCAGCUCACAUCAAUCUCAAGGUCAAGGGCCAGGAUGGGAAUGAAGUCUUCUUCAGGAUCAAGAGAAGCACUCAAUUGAAGAAGCUUAUGGGUGCGUAUUGUGACCGUCAGUCGGUUGACCUCAACUCCAUCGCAUUCUUGUUUGAUGGCCGCAGGCUUCGUGCUGAGCAGACUCCAGAUGAGCUAGAGAUGGAGGACGGAGACGAGAUUGAUGCAAUGCUCCACCAGACCGGGGGUGCAGCAAGUGCCUAGAAAGAUAUCUGCUUUUUCUGUGGUAGAUGUAAGAUAUUAGUUAUUCUGUUAAUUACUGGUCUCUGAGAAGUAGUCUGCUUUUCGAGUAGGGAGCGAUCUCUGAUAUACCGUCUAUCUUUAGUAGUUUGAUGCUAUGCUAGAGGCUAUCUUCGUGAGUAGAUUGUUAUUAUGAUGCUAUCCUCAAUCCCCACGGAGGUUAGGUAUGUAUGGAUCUAUGUAUGGGAAAUAUUGUUGAGACCCUAAAUAGCUUUCGUCUGGGUAUUAUUCAUUCGCCUGUGUGCCACAUUCAUCGUUGAUUGUUCUUAGGGUCGUUUUACGAGGAAUCUGAUAAAUUUGCGAGGGAGUUGCGCCCAAAUCCUUGCUUACAAAAUCACAUAUCUGUCAUGUGGGAUUUGACUUUUGAGCUAAAUCCAUUGUUUGGUUAGGAUCAGGGUUCUCAUUAAAGAAAUCAAAAUAUC